AUGAUAGAAACCAUUAUCCUCAAAACUCAACAAACACUGGCUGUGAUUAACUGAUGUCACUGUAAAUCUUGUGCAAUUAUAUCAAAGAACCCAAGAAGAGACCCUCCAAAGAGGAGAAGGAGAUGAAGAAAGAGGCUCGUGAAAUUAAAAAACCAGAAGAGCCAAAGAAGAAGCCUUCAAAAGAGGAGAAAGAGGAGGUUAAAAAGAUUGACCACAAACCCAAAAAGCCUGCGAAGAGGGUUACAGUCGUGAAGAAAGAGGUGGUUUCAGUCCUGAAAAAGGAACAUCUUAAUGUCACAAAAGAAGAAGCAGCCAAAAAGAAGCCUGCAGAGGAGCUGAAGAAAGAGAAGAAAACUGAGCUUCCUGACAAAAAAGCAGCUGUCAAAAAAGCAGAGCCAAAGAAGAAGCCUUCCAAAGAAGAGAAAGAAGAGCCUAAAAAGAUCGUCCACAAACCCAAAAAGCCUGCGAAGAGGGUUACAGUCGUGAAGAAGGAGGUCGCUUCAGUCCUGAAAAAGGAACAUCUUAAUGUCACAAAAGAAGAAGCAGCCAAAAAGAAGCCUGCAGAGGAGCUGAAGAAAGAGAAGAAAACUGAGCUUCCUGACAAAAAAGCAGCUGUCAAAAAAGCAGAAGAGCCAAAGAAGAAGCCUUCCAAAGAGGAGAAAGAAGAGCCUAAAAAGAUUGUCCACAAACCCAAAAAGGCUGGUAAGAGGGUUACAGUCGUGAAGAAGGAGAUCGCUUCAGUCCUGAAAAAGGAACAUCUUAAUGUCACAAAAGAAGAAGCAGCCAAAAAGAAGCCUGCAGAGGAGCUGAAGAAAGAGAAGAAAACUGAGCUUCCUGACAAAAAAGCAGCUGUCAAAAAAGCAGAAGAGCCAAAGAAGAAGCCUUCCAAAGAGGAGAAAGAAGAGGCUAAAAAGACUGUCCACAAACCCAAAAAGCCUGCGAAGAAGGUUACAGUCAUGAAGAAGGAGGUCGCUUCAGUCCUGAAAAAGGAACAUCUUAAUGUCACAAAAGAAGAAGCAGCCAAAAAGAAGCCUGCAGAGGAGCUGAAGAAAGAGAAGAAAACUGAGCUUCCCGACAAAAAAGCAGCUGUCAAAAAAGCAGCUGAUAAAGACAAGAAGCCAGUCAAGGUUUCGAAAGCUGAGAAGAAGGAGGCAGUCCCUGUUCUUGGAAAGGCACACAUCAACGUCACAAAAACAGAGGAAAAGACCAGGAAAAGAGUUAUCAAAGACGUAAAGGAGGACAAAAAGAUUGCACAUCCUGAAAAGAAGGCACCUCUUGAUGCCAAGAAAAAAGAACCUAAAGCUCCAAAAGAGGAGGCCAAACCUCUGACUGUGACAAAAGCAGCAGCAGCUCCCAAGGUGCCCAAGGAACCAAAGGACAAAAUCAAAGCUGAGCCUGUAAAAACUGAGACUGUUGCAGCGAAGGAAAAGGACAAACCAACACCUGCAAAGAAAGAAGAGCCAAAGAAGAAGCCUUCCAAAGAAGAGAAAGAAGAGCCUAAAAAGAUUGACCACAAACCCAAAAAGCCUGCGAAGAGGGUUACAGUCGUGAAGAAGGAGGUCGCUUCAGUCCUGAAAAAGGAACAUCUUAAUGUAACAAAAGAAGCAGCCAAAAAGAAGCCUGCAGAGGAGCUGAAGAAAGAGAAGAAAGCUGAGCUUCCUGCCAAAAAAGCAGCUGUCAAAAAAGCAGAUGCUGAGGUCACCAAAGAAAAAGUCAAAAAAGCUCCUGCAAAGAAAGAUGCUGAAGCUGUCAAAGCCAAAGCAGCACCUGUUAAGAAAGAAGCACCCAGAAAGAAACCUUCCAAAGAGGAGAAGGAGGUAAAGAAAGAGGCUGCACCUCUGAAAAAGGGCACGACUGAAACUAAAAAGAAAGAAGCUCCGAAGGAAAAAGCCAAAGCAGCUCCUGCUAAGAAAGUGGCUGUUCCUCCCAAAGAAGAGACCAAACCAGCUCUUUUGAAAAAAGAAAGCGAGGCCGCUCACAAAAACGCCUCUCUGGUGAAAGAAAAGGUCAAAAUAGUGCCUAUGAAGAAGGAGAUCCUGGUGCGAAAAGAGAAAGCCAAAGCAGUAUCUGCAAAGAAAGCAGCUGAGGUGGCAAAGGAAAAGCCCAAGGCAACUCCAGCAAAGAGAGAACCUGUUGCAUUCAAGGCAAAACCAGCUCCAGUGCUUAAAGAGACACAAGUUCCACACAAAAAUGUCUCUCUGGCAAAGGAGAAGGUCAAGGUUGUGCCAUUGAAGAAAGUGCCUGUGGCUCCCAAGGAGAAAGUAAAAGCAGCACCCACCAAAAAAGAAGCUGAGAAGGCCAAACCAGUGACUCCAGCAAAAGAAGCUGUUGUUGCAAAACAGAAGGCAAAGGCAAAACCCUCAAAGAAAGAGCCGGAGGUCAAGCCAGUUCACGCCAAAAGAGAAGCUGAGGUUGCAAAGGAGAAGCCUAAAGCAGCUCCUGAAAAGAAAGAGCGUGAAGCCAGGAAGGAAAGGGCCAAACCAGUCCUUGUGAAGAAAGAGCCUGAAGCCCCAAAGGAGAAGGUCAAACCAGCCGUUGUAAAAGCCAUCUCCAGGGAAAAGAGCAAAGCGAUCCGUAUGAGGAAAGAAUUGGUGACGCCUAAAGACAAGCACAAACCUGUUUCACUGAGGAAAGAGGCUACUAAGGAGAACAUGAAACCGGUUUCUGCAAAGAAAGAGCCUGAGGUUUCAAAAGAAAAGGUCAAACCUGUGGCAGCAAAGAAAGAAGACAGAGUUCUUAAAGAGAAACAGGAGGCAGCAAAAAAAGAGAAAUCUGCAGAAAAAAAAGUUGCUAAAGAAGAGAAAGCCGUCAAGGAAGAAAAAGCAAAACCAGAGCCGGCUUUAACAGACAGCUAUAUGAUGGAAGAUGAGAUGCCUUACUUCCAGUGUUUCUUUGUGGACGAGGACGAGGCCCAGUUUCCAUUCUACGCCUUCUCACCGCUGCAGAUAUGAGGUUCCAGUCUGAGCCCGAUCUUCAGCUGAGACAGGACUUUCAGUGUUGAGUCGAUUUUCUGACUGACAAGGCCGAGUCACGAGCUCCAUGGCUGCAGCGCAGUCUGCCGCCCACCACUGGGGUCCAGUGGGAAGCCCUGCCUGUCAGGGGGUGACGGGUGACUGUGUCUGAUGAACACUUCUUAUUUUCUUUCCAGCCUUGGUUGAGCUCUCGUAGCUAAUACAUGCAGCCAGUGUCAUUCCUUUCCUUUUUUAUUUUUAUUUUGUUUAUGUUGUUUUUCAGUGUUUGGUAUGCAUAUUAAAGGCAUA